UGGAAGAAUCAUCAGCUCUCCCAAAAGUAUGAGUGUGAAACAGAUGGCCGCCGUGGCCCGUGAGCUGACCAUUCACGUGGACGAGGAUAACAAAGAAUGCCAGCAUGCUCUUGAAUGUGCUUUACAGAUUACUAGAGACAUAAAAGAGGUAGCAGGAUACAAGAAAGGAACACUGAUACUCCAAGGCGAACUCUGGAAAAAUCUGGCAAAAGUGGAGAAAGAAUUAUGCAGAAUGACAAAACAAGGGGACACGCCUUCAGAAGAAUAUAGAUCUGAACUCAGAAGUAAAUUGUUGAUGCUGCGUAAGAAACAGAAUGAAUAUGAACCGCAAGCUGGUUUGAUUAAUUUCAUGAAUGCUAUAAGGCACCUGAACUCUGCAGAGAAGCAUUACUUCUUGAAAUGGCUGAAAUUCAACCUGGACAACAUUGCAAGGGAGAAUCUUUCAAAAUUACGUUCUGAAUACAAAGAGCUGUGUAAAAUGUUUGGAGACAAUAGGAAGAAGAUUACGGAGACAGACCAAUUAAUAUCGUCGUCUUCCUUGGGAGUUGAGCAUUUCAUGCGUGAGUUGGGCCAGUUUUAUGAGGCAGAGUGUUCAAUGGUUAAUGAGGGCAAAAUAGCAAAAAACAAAAGGCAAUUUCUCCACUUCCCCAAUAUUGCAGCUGAUUUGAUGCUGGAAGGGUUUCCUCUAGAACUGAUUGAUGGAGAUGUAUCCAAUAUGCCACUCCAGUGGAUAACUGAUGUUCUGAAUAGACUUAAUAAGAAAUUAAGGAAUCAGUCCAAAUUGAUGGUGAUCACUGUAUUGGGAGUGCAGAGUACUGGGAAAUCCACCCUUCUGAACACUAUGUUUGGCUUGCAGUUUGCUGUCAGCAGUGGCCGAUGUACACGAGGAGCCUUCAUGAUGUUGCUUAGGGUCAGAAAAAAAUUGGCAAAAGAGUUUGGCUGUGAUUUCAUCCUGGUGAUAGACACUGAAGGUCUGAAAGCUCCAGAACUAGCCAAAUUGGAGGAUAGCUAUCAACAUGACAAUGAGUUGGCUACAUUAGUG